GAAAACGGCAGUGUCGUGUUGAGCAGCGAAAACGAAAGUCAUUAUUUAAUGCCGGUACAUAAAAAUAUAAUCGGAAUUGCAAAUUCUACACACACAAAAUGUGACARUUGAACAAAUACAAAAAACAAAACAAACCACCAUAGGUCGCCCAUAAGUCAACCCCUCUAUGCAUGAUAAACAAACCCCUAAAUGGAUUUAGAAAAAUACUCACAGUGUGCUCUCGGCGCUCUACCGCGACAAAUAGUAUCGGUAGUGACUCUUUUCWGGGAGGCACUCAAUCGUUUGACAACCACAGCAAACACAUAGCCACCAGCGAAAGCAUUGCGAGCGCGUCCAAAUAGUACAUUCGUUCCUGCCGCAGCUGCUGAAUGUGUAUGCAGGGCUAAGAAGGCUGCUCGUCUCUGCCGGUGCUACUGCCGGUUGUGUGCUGAGGCUCGUUAGCGGCGGCCAACGCGAAUGCGGGCGUGAGCAAAAGUGAAUUGCCGAGUGAAUAGUGCACAUUAACGGUGUGCGCUUUUUGUUUUUAUUUUAAUCCCCAACUUUGCAUGCAGGGCCAAUGCGGUGCUAAAUUCGAUCAUACGUUCUGCUGUGACUAAGCAAGAGGAAUUGAUUAAUUUGUUGCCUUUUUCGCUACAAUAUUUUCUAAACAAUAAUGCUGUUUGAGUUAAGMUGAAAUAUCGAUGAAGUGGAAAAUGGCAGCUAAAGUGAAUUCGAAUGAAAAUAAUUGUGUAUGCAAGAUUAAUAGGUGAUAGUGGUGGCUGAAAAUUAUGAAACGUGUGUGGCGUAUACACACAUACAUAAGCAUUUAUAUAUUUUUUUAAAGUAUAUGCUCUAGAAGUGUAGAAAAUGCAAUGAAAAUAGUCAACUGCAGAAAUGUGUUAAAAAUAAGUGCGUUCGAAGUUUAUCGACAUACAUACGUACAUAAUGGUAUAUGUAUGAAUGCAAAUAUUUCUAUAUAGUGAGCUGUGAAAAAAAUGCAAACAAGCAGAUAUUGCGUGAUAAAAGUGSCAGUGGACUUUGAGUAUAACGCGCUCUUAACGGUAUCGCAAAAGUGUUGUGAAGGUGGAUGAAAAUACUUACUUAGCUUUCCAGGAACUUAUAAUUAUUGCAGAUAAGAUAAUGUGAAAGCUGGAAACAGUAUGUAGUCCACACAACCUAACCAAAGAACCAACAAGUCGUCAUUUAUUAAGGAAUCGUCGUGAUACUUUUAGAAGAUACGGGGACACCGGAAAUAUCCCAUAUAUAUAUUAUAGUUAAGGAAACACAUUUUUAAGUCAAACAAAUGACUGUCAACGGGCUGCUAGGACGCUCAGUGCUAACUGAUGGAUCUCGAUCGAAUCGACGCUCGUUGGUUUCCCUCAUCGUGGGCCUGGUCGUUGGUUUUUGUCUCGCUGAAAUGUUUAUACUAUCGACGCCGGCGCGCCACGACUAUCUGCCAUAUGCGGGUCAUCAACAUGGCGAUGCCAACGAUGCACACAACAGCCACGACAUGCUUGGYGCGGAGGGGCCGGAGGCGGAUAUUGGCGCACACCAACAUGCGUAUGAAAAUUCAAGUGUAGCGUUGAAACUGCAUAAUGAGGUGCGUGUAUUGUGUUGGAUUAUGACAAACCCGAAGAAUCACAARGCAAAAGCGCGUCACGUAAAAAGAACAUGGGGCAAACGCUGCAAUAAGCUGGUGUUUAUGAGCUCUGAGAAGGAUGAAGAAUUGGGUUCAGUGGCGUUGCCAGUGCAGGAGGGACGCAGCAAUUUGUGGGCGAAAACAAAGGAGGCAUUCAAAUAUAUUCAUGCUCAUCAUUUGGACGACGCGGAUUGGUUCUUCAAAGCAGACGAUGACACGUAUGCUGUUAUGGAAAAUAUGCGGUAUAUGCUGUAUCCUUACUCACCGGAGACACCCAUAUACUUUGGCUGCAAAUUCAAACCAUUUGUGAAACAGAAUGUGGCUAACUUAUUACCAUUGUCAACUGUCCUCCAGGGUUAUAUGUCCGGUGGCGCUGGCUACGUUCUCAGUAAAGAGGCGGUUCGCCGAUUUGUUGAGAAAGCCAUACCGAAUAAGAGUUUCUGCAAGCAGGACAACAACGGCGCUGAAGAUGCUGAAAUAGGCAAAUGUUUGGCGAAAGUAGACGUAAUCGCUGGCGAUUCACGUGACGAACACGCGCGUGGCCGCUUCUUCCCAUUUGUGCCAGAACACCAUUUAAUACCAUCACAUACUAACAAAGAUUUCUGGUACUGGCGUUAUAUCUACUACAAAACUGAUGAGGGCUUAGAUUGCUGUUCAGAUAGGGCGAUAUCCUUCCAUUACGUAUCGCCAAAUCAAAUGUAUGUUUUGGACUAUUUGAUCUAUCAUUUACGACCGUAUGGUAUUAUCAACACGCCCGAAUCACUGCCCGAACGUCUGAAAGUGGGCGAGACGAUGCCUCCGCCAGUGGAGCAGACAACUGUCGCUAUUGAAGCWGAGAAGGCGAGUGAGGUCACAACAUGAGCGAGGGUUUAGUUAGGUAAUGRUAUAUAAAUAUGGAAGGAAUAUGAAUAUUUACAUUUAUGYUGACAACUUUUGUAAAUAUUGAUUUCCCCUCUGUUUUUAUUAAUUUAAGUAUCUACGUCAGUACAUAUUUGCCAUAGCCAGUAGCUGCUACAUUAUUAUUAUUUUUUUUUU